GGCUGACGCUGCGUGCAUCGACGAGUGGACCUGGGAAGCUCUGCUCUCCUUGCAGCGUUGGCGCGCAAAGCUCUUCUGAGACCCGGACUUGGAAUUUAUCAGUGGAAGCUCCAGGCUUGCUAGGCACCUGAGAGGCUCCAUUGCACUUGGCCCAUGUGAGCUCCUCCUGGAAGUUAAGUGGUGGAGUCCUGAACAUCAGCCAGGCAGCCGUGGCCUGGGGAUUCUCGAGCGACCAUUAAUGGGCAAGGUGUUUGGGUUCCUGAGGGAAACUUGCCAGUCAAUCCUGGCUGAGUCUCAGCAGUGCCCAGGAGAACCCACCGUGAAGAAGGAAAAGAACAACAACAUGAAGAGGGAGAGAGAGCAUCUAAGAGAACGUUUCAGUGCUUGGGACAACCCUCAUGGUCUGGUUGGUUUACACAACAUUGGACAGACCUGUUGCCUUAAUACCCUGAUUCAGUUAUUCAUAAUGAACGUGGAUUUUACAAAGAUAUUGAAGAGGAUAACUGUGCCAAGGGGAGCAGGAGAGCAAAGAAGAAGUGUUCCCUUCCAGCUUCUUUUGCUGCUGGAGAAGAUGCAAGACAGCCGGCAGAAAGCAGUGCGACCCUUGGAGUUUGCCUGCUGCCUCCAGAAGUACAAUGUGCCAUUGUUUGUCCAGCAUGAUGCUGCUCAGCUGUACCUCACAGUUUGGAACCUAAUUAAGGACCAAAUCACUGAUGUGGAUUUGGUAGAGAGGCUGCAGGACCUAUACAUGAUCCGGAUGAAGGAGUCCUUGAUUUGUCUAGACUGUAGCAAGGAGAGUAGCAGAAACAGCAGCAUGCUCACUCUCCCUCUUUCUCUUUUUGAUACAGACUCAAAGCCCCUGCAAACGCUGGAAGAUGCCCUACGCUGUUUCUUCCAGCCCAUGGAGUUAUCCAAUAACAGCAAGUGCUUCUGUGAGAACUGUGGGAAAAGGACACGUAGCAAACAGGUCUUGAAACUGACCCAUUUGCCCCAAACCUUGACCAUCCACCUCAUGCGAUUCUCCAUCAGGAAUUCACGGACAAAAAAGAUCUGCCACUCACUGUAUUUCCCCCAGAGCUUAGAUUUCAGUCAGAUUCUUCUGACUGAGCAAGACCUCAGUGAUGCCAAGGAACAGUCUGAAGGACAGUUUGAACUCUUUGCUGUGAUUGCCCACGUGGGGAUGGCUGACUUUGGUCAUUACUGUGCCUAUAUCCGGAAUUCUGUGGAUGGAAAAUGGUUCUGCUUCAAUGACUCCCAUGUUUCUUGGGUGUCCUGGGAAGACAUUCAGUGUACCUAUGGAAAUCAUAACUAUCGCUGGCAGGAAACAGCAUAUCUUCUGGUUUACAUGAAGACUGAGGCCUAAUAGAUAUAUUCAAUAUCUUCAGAGAUUGACAGACAAUUAUUUUCCUUUCCUAUUCUUGAAUCUGUUGACUCUCCUAAGAGAUUUUGUAAUGAAAAGAAGCAUCACUUUCAGACUGUAUAGUUACUUAUUAUUUAUAAUUGGUGACAGGGGACAGGUUAUUGCUAUGAUUUGGAUGUGGUUUGUCUCUCAAAGGUUCUUGUACUGGAGGACUGGUCCCUUAUAUGGCAGUGUUGAAGUGGUGGAAACUUUUUAAGGGUAGGGACCCUAAGGGUAGUAGUUCCCUCCAUUCUCCCCUUCUGUAUGCUGAUCGUUCCCUUUCACUUCUCCACCAUGUUCUGAUGCAGCCAGGGGUUUAUUGCCAGCUUGCUGGCACCAUGCUGAUUAGACCUUCCAGUCACCCAAAUGUGAGCCAAAUAAAUGUCUUUACAAAGUAUUCAGUCUCAUGUAUUUU